AUCGUGAAAACUGUUGGGAUCGUAAGGAUGUGGUCUUUGAUGGCGGUAACUUUGGUGUUGGCGGCGGCGGAGGCGCUGGUGCCAGGUCGUCUUGACAAGAUCACCGAUCUGGGCUGGAGUAUCCACGAGGAUACAGUGCAUUGGCCUAACAAUAAGGCAUUCGUGUAUACAAAUAAAAUCGCUGAGGAGAAACCCGAUGGAAAAUGGUAUGCCAGUAACGAUUACUGCUCGGGUGAGCACCUGGGCACGCAUCUGGACGCGCCGUAUCAUUUCAAUAAGUUCGGAUGGAAGGUAGGCGACAUUCCCCUCGAAAAACUAAUUGGAAAAGGUAUUUGCGUCAACUUACAAGAGUCAUCAGGUGCUGGGACAACCCUGCAACCCGGUCAUAUCGACAACUGGGAGAGAAGGAACGGAAAGAUACCUAAGGGUAGUAUUGUUCUCAUCAAUUUCGGCUGGGGCGCAAGACAUUACGAACACGAAUCAUAUAUGGGACUGGUGAACGGAACCCUUCAUUUUCCCGGGGUGUCUGCCAGUGCCGCCCAGAUGUUGGUUGAUAGGCACAUCACGGGUAUCGGAGUGGAUACCGCAAGCAUCGAUCCUGGAACAAGUACGGAUUUUAAAGCGCACAGAAUCCUGCUACAGGCAAACAUUUACAACAUGGAAAACUUAAAGAUUCCUCUAUGGAUGCCAGAGAAAGGAUUUAAUUUAGUCGUAAUGCCGAUAAAUCUGAGAGACGGCACCGGAGCACCUCUCAGGAUAUUCGCGGUUCCAAACAGCGAGAACGUCGGUCUACCAACACCUGAAGCUCUCAAGGACGUCGUCGUCAGUGAUUGUACUCCAUGGUAUGCCCACACUUGGUUGGUCCUACUGUCAUUGCUGGUCACAGUCAUGUACGCCGUGCACGGAUUUUCGAUUUAUUGAGGAGGAUCGUUUCCCAAUUACCGUUCCGAACUUUACUUUAUACCAACCGUUCCGACGUCUCUAAAGUUUUGUGUGUAAAUGGCCAAUAAAUCACCUC